UUACCGUCAAUCGCUCGCAGUUCAACGCAGUUAUACUGUCUAUGUAAGACGAGACAGACGUACGUCAUGUGGAAGACCACGACGGUAAUUUUGGUUCUUACCAUUGGUAUAGCUUUUUUGUUCCGCAACAAUCCUAUAGAUGUACCAGAUUUACCUGAAACAUUCUGGGGACCGGAAAAAAAUAAAGGAGCCUCAAAAGAAAUACGGUCUUUCGCUAUUACUAUACCAAAGUCGGAAAUCGACGAUCUAAACGAACGACUAGCAAAGAAAAGAAAACUGGUGGAACCAUUGGAAGAUGUUGCGUGGACUUACGGUAUCAGUACAACAUAUCUAAAUAAUAUUAUUGAACACUGGCAUACAAAAUACAAUUGGACUGAACGGCAGGCACUUCUCAACAAAUAUCCUCAAUAUAUAACCAAUAUACAAGGUCUAGACAUACAUUUUUAUCACGUGGCACCGCAUAUUCCACCAGAUCGAAAAAAUAUAAAAGUUCUUCCGUUAUUGAUUACUCAUGGUUGGCCGGGAUCUGUGGUGGAGUUUCAAAAAAUUAUUCCCAUAUUAACGACACCACGUGCUGACAGAGAUUUUGUGUUUGAAGUGAUCGCACCUUCGCUUCCGGGAUAUGGAUUUUCGCAACCAGCUGUACGACCAGGAUUAGGCCCACCACAGAUAUCUGUUAUACUAAAAAAUCUCAUGUUGCGUCUCGGCUUUAAAAAGUUUUACGCGCAAGGAGGAGACUGGGGCUCCAUUAUUACUACGCAUUUAGGAAGUUUGUUCCCGAACAACACUCUUGGCGUCCAUUUGAACAUGUGUUCAAGUUCAGUCAAGUCUAGCUUGCUCUGGUGGUUAAUCGGUGCUUUUAUUCCUCAACUUGUGGUAGAUAAUCAACAUUAUUCUAGAAUGUAUCCCUUGAGUGAUCAUCUGAGCUAUUUAAUUGAAGAAACGGGAUAUAUGCAUAUACAGGCUAGCAAACCGGAUACUAUAGGUACUGCCGUAGCAGCCUCGCCAGUAGGACUGGCAGCAUAUAUUUUGGAAAAGUUUAGUACAUGGACGAAUAAAGAAUAUAAAACUCGUCUAGACGGCGGUCUACUCGAGAAAUACACUUUAGACGAGCUUUUAGACAAUAUUAUGAUUUAUUGGCUUACUAAUUCUUUGACCACGAGCGUUCGACUUUACUCUGAGCAAUUUAAUAAGAAACAUAUGUCAAGCAGAAUAGACGAACUGCCAGUUAAUGUACCAACAGCAUGUGCGGCAUUUCCUCAUGAGCUAGCGUACCAAUCGGAGAGUCUCCUUCGUGACAAAUUUACUAAUCUAAUACAAUUUAACCACUUACCGCGCGGAGGUCAUUUUGCCGCAUUCGAAGAGCCAGGUCUUCUAGCAGACGAUAUCUUUGAAUUCGUGUCCAAAACCGAAAAUAUCAGGAAAAAAGCUGAUAAUAAAGAUGUGCCGAAUACAGGGAAAAAAAUAAAGGAACCUACGAAAAUUUGAAAGCAGACUAUACUAUGUUAACUAAGGAUAUAAGAAAAUCUAUCAUAUUGAAAGCCACAUUUUUUCGUUGCUGGCCGAACUAGUAUGUGGUAAUGUUUUUUAUCUAUUUUUGAACGUGUAAAAAUAUUUGAAAUAAAU